AUGCGCGAUGCAACUGCCGAUUCGUCCUUGCGAGAUGCGACUGCCGAUCUCGGUGCUCAUAUUAGCGCGCUCCUCUGUUGUAUGCAGAAAGUGCCCGACACCGUCCGGGACGGGGACGCGGGCUCCGGCCUGCUAGCAAUGAGCGCGUUGCUCUGGGCGGUGAGGCGGAAGGAUCAGUUGGCCGGCGCCCUCCGUCGCAGUGCCACCAGCAUGGACAAGGUCGCUGUUGCGGGGUUGAAGGGGCUGCGCACCGAGAUGGUAGCCUUCAUCAAGAAGCAGGUCGCGCUCAUACGGUCGGGCCGAAACGUAGUUGCGGCCGACGUCUGUGACGACGACGGCGAGGAGGUUCAGUCGGCGCCCCAAGCUGGCGGUGUCGCCCCCACCAUCGCUGAUGCGCGUGGCGCCUCGGUCGGGAAGCCGGGUGGCGGCGUCGACGAGGCCGAUGCGGCCGCAGGAAAGGGGGUGACGGGGACCGAGGAGAAGCACCAGGACGAGGUUGUUCAUAGGGAUGAUGAUGGGGUCCAGGGUCGUGAGGCGGAUCGUGAGGAUGAGGGGGGCUCGGAGGAGUCGGAGUCGGAGUCGGAGUCGGUGUCGGAGUCGGUGGAGGAGCAGGAGCAGCAGGAGCAGAAGAAGCAGGAGCACGAGAGGCAGCACCACGAGCAGCAAGAGGAGCAGCAUGACGAAGAGUCGGGGAAGAGCGUGCUCGACAUGCUCAAGAAGCACUGGGCUGGGGUUCGAGCGGCCAGCACUGAUCAGGGUGGUGGGGGUCCCGCCGACGAGCAUGCCACUGAUGACGCACUGCCAAGGGCUCCGCCUUCGGUCGCCGAUAAGCCACCACGACAGGGUAGCGGUGAAGAAGGGCUGCGCGACAAGGAGAAGGCGGCCGCAAAAACGGCCCCAGCUGGCCAGGGCCCGAAGACAGGGGUCGCGGUGGCGUCAGCGGUUCCUCACCAGCCCCCAGCUGGUGCACGCCCUCCGACCGGACCGUCUGCCGGGCGACCUGCCGACGUCCCGCGCUCUGCCGACGUCCCGACGGCCGACAAGGCUGGCCGCGCGGGGAAAGGGGCGGCAGUUGCGGACGCGCUCAAGGAGCAGCUCAGGCGCCUAGCCGGCCACAAGGCUGUUCAACAGCCCCCCGCUGCUGUCGACGCCCCAUCUGCCAGUGUCCCAAAGUCGCCGGUCGUCGCCGCCCGUGCUCCUGCAGACCCAAAGUCCGCGUUGCUGCGCGCCCAGCUGGGCGCACUAGCGUCGACUGCGCCAACUCAGCAGGCUUCUGGCUCCGGCGCUAAGACGUCGUCGGCAAAAGUCGCACCACCCACCCCUGUGGCAGCUGAGGUUGAGAAGGCGGCGGAGAAGGGCGUUCGUGCCGCCCUUGCCACCGGCGGCGGCCCCGUCGAGCAGGCGCCCCCCGAUGCUGAUAUCGCUGCCAUACAGGCCCACCUGGAUGCUGCCAAUCCCCGACCGCUGGCCAUCUCCGACACGGCACAUGUGGAGCCUUCGGCGGGUCUCGUCGGCAGUCCAGCAGAGCCGACUGCGACCGGUGAUGCUGUCGGCGAUGGAAAGGCGAAACGGAAGGGGAAGGCGGGCUCACAGAGGAAGACGCGGGAGAAGUCGGAGGCGAAGGCGGCGGAUAGAGGGAAGGGGAAGGCGGCUGAGACGGCGGCUGACAAGGAUGGAGGCGGCAAUACGGGGGUGAAAGGGAAAGCGGGGGAGAAUCAGAAGUCGCUCGGCGAGGGUACGUCGACGGGGAGGAAGGGGAAGGACAAGUCGGUAGGAGAAGGUGCGUCGACGGGGAGAAAGGGGAAGGAGAAGGCGGUCGGCGAUGGUUCGUCGAAAGGGAGAAAGGGAAAGCGGAAGGCGGCGGAGGAGGAUGUCGAGGAGGUGGAGGACGUCGAGCAGGAGGAAGAAGAAGAGGCGGAGGAGGAGGUGGAGGAGGCGGAUGAGGACGAUGAGGAGGAGGAGGUCGAGGUGGAGGAGGAGGAGGAGGAGGAGGAGGGGAAGAGCAAGGAGAGGCGGGGUCAUGGCAUCCGACACGAUACCUCGGGCGACAAGCUAGGGUGGGUCGGCGAGAUUAAGGUGCACGGCAUCAAUCGAUACAUCGGCAAGUCGCGUGAGAAGAUGGAGCUCGCGUACGUGCACUCCAUCGCGUUCGUCGUCUACGACGGUUUCGUGAGCAAGGUGCUCAUGAACGAGCUCACCGUCCUGGACAGCGCCGAGUUGGAGAGGUGGAAGGAGGUGUGGGAGGAGGUCAGGAUCUUGCCGACCGGGAUGUGGACGGUGAUGUGGGCCCGGGGAACGCUCCUUCCAAAGACACGGCUGAAUGAGAUCCUCGACAAGUAUCGACAUUACAAGACCACUGGCGAUGCGCUGCACGCCGCGCUCCUGCCAGCGAUAUGGUACCCAGUCGAUCCCGACACCGAGGAAGGCCGAGAGAAGUCGGCGUCCAUGCUGUCCGCGUUGAUUGGCCGCGUGUCAAUGUGCGCUGCGUAUGGGAAGACCGCUGCGACAGCGGCGAGAAAGGAGGGAGACAGCGACGAGAAGACGGAUAUGGCGGCAUGGGCGUUAGGAGCAUCCGCAUGCGCUGUGUGGUGCUUCGUCGAGAACGGCGAUGCCCAGGUGGAGGAUGCUGUGGAAGAAGGGAAGGCGGCGGCGCUUGUGGGCGGAGCGAGCCAGGCGACCGCCGAUGUAUUCGGCAAAGUCAUGGAGGCGGUGCUGAACGCCGAGAUCAACAGGGACCGCCCCCUGGGAGAGGUUGCUUACAACGUCGCGCCAGCACUCAAGAGGACCGCCCUUGACAUGGCCUAUCCGGGGGUGGAUGCCGGAGUCGAUGCCGACGUGAUCGCAAGAGCGACGGUCGAGACGAUGGCGUUCUGGGGAAUGUGCCCCGUCGCCGGGCCGAAACUCAAAGCGAGGGGCAUCGCGGUGCCGAUUGACGCGCAGAUGAAGGCCGAUAUCGACAACAGGGGGAGAAAGGGAUUCAACGCAGCAGUGGCAGGGUGUUUUUUUGCGCUGGAGUCGGUGCUGCGCUCCUCCGUGUCCUCAGCGCCCGCCUCCCUCACAACGGCCAUGGUGCUGCUCGCCUCUGUGCUCGCCACUGCCCUGCUGCUACUCUCUCCCUGUUUCAACGCAGCGGUAGCGGGCUGUUUCUUCGCCCUGGAGUCUGUGCUCCGCUCCUCUGUGUCCUCAGCGCCCGCCUCCCUCACCACAGCCAUGGUGCUGCUCGCCUCUGUGCUCGCCGCCGUCGUCUCACAGCAGAUCCUCGGCUCCGACCCCGCCGUGCAGAUCCCUCUCUACGAGUUCCGCUCGCCAGCAGAGCUGCCCCUGUACCUGCUCCUUGGCCUGUGCUGUGGUGGAGUGUCCAUCGCGCUAACCCAUUCAGCCCGCCUCGCCACACACGCCUUUGACCGCCUGCUGCUGCUCUCCCCGCUGCCUCCCGCGCUGCUGCCGGCCCUGGGGGGCCUGUCAGUGGGGGUGAUCUCCCUGGCCUACCCCGAGGUGCUCUACUGGGGCUUUCAAAACAUCAACGACUUGUUGGGAUCCAGACCUCUCGCCAGUGCGCCUCAGGUGGACUUUCUCCUGCAGCUGGUCGCCCUCAAGGUGCUUGCCACGGCCAUCUGCCGUGGGUCGGGGCUGGUGGGGGGCUUCUAUGCGCCGUCACUGUUCAUCGGGGCAGCACUGGGGCAGGCGUACGGGCGGCUGGCCAGUGACGUGCUGCUAGCGGUGGACCACGAGUACAAUUUACAGUGGAUUCAAGUGGCCGCCCCACAAGCAUAUGCCAUGGUAAGUUGCAAGGGUAUUGUAAGGAGUGACGUGCUGGUGGCUAUCGACCCCGAGUACAACCUGCAGUGGAUCCAAGUGGCCGCCCCACAGGCCUACGCCAUGGUGGGCAUGGCAGCAACGCUAGCAGGGGUGUGUCAGGUGCCACUCACGUCAGUGCUGUUGCUCUUCGAGCUCACCCGAGACUACCGCAUCAUCCUGCCCCUCAUGGCCGCUGUUGGCAUCGCCGCUUGGAUCGCUGCUCCUGCCACCUCCACACCACCAUCACCCUCACCACCAGUAGCAGCAGCAACAGCAGCAGCAGCAGCAGCGUCAGCCGCACCAGUGGCAGCAACAACUUCGCAGUUAUCAACCUCCUCCUCCCUGCCACCCGUCCCACCCUCCCUAGAAGCCACACCCGCUGCGCCCUCCUCUCCCCGCUCGCCCCUCCCCACGCCUCUCCCGCUCGCCAUCGCCUCCCCGGGGGACUACACGGAUUUCGCAGACGACUCGGCAUCUCUAGACGUGCGCGAUGGCGUGCUGCUGGAGGAACAAGUGCAACGUGACCUGCCCGUCUCCCAAGCCAUGCGCCCCGCCUCCAGUCCCUCCGUUGCCGCCGUGCCGCUGGUUCUGGUGCGGCCACGCGAGUACAGCUCACAGGGAAGGCGCGAUGGGGACACGGGGUAUAAGGAGCAGGGAAGGGCUGGUGGGGAGGCGGAAAUUAGUGCAAGUACGGUGGGGGUAGCAAAUCCUGAGUCAGCUAAAGGAGCAAGUGGUGUGGGGUAG